AUGUUUCAAGACACGCUUGAUCAACUUGAAAAGCAGACGAAUCCAGAACAGUGGCCGCUCGUCAGACAUGUCUACAUGGAUCUCACGCUUGCCAAGAUGUGGGAGAAUGUACAAGUAUACCCCGUGGAAAGCCUGCAAACAAGCAUCUUAGUAGGGCAUGAACCUGACACACCGCCUGAACAGCAACUUGUGAUCCUUCCCAUACUUCAAGAAAAGACAGUGUCCAUGGAUCGCUUGUCAUCCUAUUUUAAGGCAUUACGUGCAGCUGGCUUUGCCAACCAAAAGGGACAAGCUCUUAGCAAACUGACACUUGCCAUCAUUGCCCCUGAUUCGACCAUUGUGUAUUAUCAUGUCCAACCUGGCCUCGUUCCACCCUCAUCUUCCAAUGUCAACAACAACGAUGAUGAUUAA